GUUAGACGUACGCAGGUUGUUUGGAAGAUGAGUUGAGAGCUGGUUUAUCAGCUUGCCUGUAAUUUGGAAGUCACAGUUGUGUACAGGCAACAACAUGUAUAUCUUACAGGGUCUAUCCUGUCUUUUGGUUUCAAUUUUGUGAAAAUGGUGAUUGGUGUGUGAUGCGAGAGGCAGCUCUUGGGACAGGAUGCCAGAGAUGACUGAAACUCAAACAUCUGGGCGAAAACCUAAGAAGAAGAAAAACAAGGAAUCUCACAAUGCAGUUGAAAGACACAGAAAAGAGAAAAUUAAUGCUGGAAUCAGCCGUAUUGGAAAUCUCCUGCCCUGUUCACAGGCUCUGAAACAGAGUAAAAUCAUGAUUUUGGACCAAGCUUUUCGAUACAUCACAGAGUUAAAAAAACAAAAUGAUACAAUGCUUUUGGAAGGAGGAGAUAAAACUCAAGCGGGGGAAAUACGUCGUCUAAGGCUUCAGUUGGAAGAGCUGAGAAAGGAGAGCGCCCACUACAUUCAGCUACUCAAAGCCCAUGACCUUUUGGAAGAUCCCACUAUUCAUUGGAAGGGCAAACAGCGUUGUACCAAGAUCGCCAAUGUGACUUCUCAAAUUCAAAAGGGUAUAAUUGUCUAUUCCAAUGGCAAGGACUUGGACUCAAAAGCACAACCAAUCGAAACACUAGUUCUUCAACAACCAUCUGAGGGCAGUGCUAGGUUAAGGGUCAAUGGAGCUUUCGUUCAAGUAAAUACCUCAUCCCCAACACCAUCACUGCUUUCCAGUUCAGCUGUUGCCACCCCCCGAGUAAUAGAACAGUGUGUGGUUGAGACCCCAGCCGUAGCUCCAAGUCUCCCGCCCUCCGUGUCUUAUAUUACUCUUCAGAUUCCUGCCGUCACCACAGCUUUGCCACAACAACCGCAACCUGCUACCCCUGUCCAGACACUGACUUUAGCACCCAAUUCAGCAUCCUCUCUUCCCAGUGAAAGUGCUGUAGUCCCAGUAUCAAGUUUGACCUCAUUUAACCAUACCAUAACGUCAGCCAGAUCUACUACAUCUUUGGUUUCUCUAGACCAUGCCAUCAGGACUUUAGCUUACACUGCUGUUCCUCACAGCCAGCCCCUCCUCAGGGCACAGGCAGCGGGCAGCACACAGACGACAUGGACCACUUUACAGAUGGCAGGGAACACAGUGCAGCCUGUGUGCCAGACUCUCCCUACUCCUGAUGACAGCUCUGCCCCUCAGACUGUUCAGAGUGUGACGGUAUGUCAACCAAUUCAAGUACAACUGCAGCCCACUGCACCGGCUCAGCAAACACCCAGCCAGUCACAGCUACAACCAACCAUUUUAUCCCAGAGACAAUCUGUAGCUCCUCAGAAUCCUUGUGCUGUUGUCAGUCCAUCGGCUGCUGUACCCCAGCCUCCUGUACCCCAGCCUCCUGUGAUGACCCACUCUGCUGUGGUAUCACAGCCUGCUGUCAUUCAGCCGGCCUCGCUGCUCACACAUCCUCCAGCAGCUCUCCUCUCUCAGUCUCCUCUAGGUCCCCAGCCCCAAUCCGCUGUGUUGCCUCUUCUCCAGACUAUGCAGGUGCUGCAAGUCAAAACAGCCAAUGCAACAGCAUCAGGCGUGACUGCGGCACAGAGCACAAACAACCCGAGUGUGGUAAUCCUACAGCAGGCCAACUCUUGCCCGACUCAGUCAGUUGUGAGAGAGGAAAUAACAAAUCCAACUGCUUGUCAACAUAUAGUGAUCAUCCAAGCCCCCAAUCCACCUGCCCCGACACCACAGAAUCCUCCAGUCGGUGUGGUGCCUAGUGCACCACCUGUGCCUACUGUGUCUGCAAACAUCCCUUCUACCAGUUCAACCUCUGUCACGUCACCACAGACUGUUGGAGGGAAGCAACUCGUGCAUAUUCUUCCCCGCCCUGUUCAGCCUCAACAAAGUAAAUGCCAACCUGUCCCUCAGCCACCCACAUCCUCAUCGCCUGCUGUGACCCCGCAAACAAUCACGGUUAAUGGGCAAGUAUUUGCUCUGGCGCCUGUAAAGACAACUGAUAACUUGAUUUCAAACAGUGGACAGACUACACUGCAGCUUAUUCAGCCCACCACCACAGAGGAACCAACUACCAAUGUGGCCCUCAACAGUCUAGGUGCUCUAACUAGUCUUAACCAGAGCAUCUCUCAAGGCAUCCCUUUAGCCAUUUCAGGCCAGAACAACCUCUCAACAUCAAAUCCAUCAAUUAUCCCACAGCAGCCUCCUGUUGCAACAUCUGUUACUGAAAGUGGUGUAACUUCACCUGUUCAAGUUCCGUGUGUGAAAUCAAUUAAGCCGGCACUAGUAGUCAAUCCCCCAAAGACCACAGGAAGAAAACUCCAAACAUCUUUACCUGUGAAAAAAACAUUUAAAAAAUGUAAACCAGUCAAGAGUCAUGAACAGAAACCAAAACAGCCUGCAGUUAUUUUGGCCAAGUCGACACCUAUCACAAGUGCAAGUCAAACUUUAUCAAAUGUAAUAAAGAAUUCAGCACCAGAAAUCAUUCAAAGUAGAUCUCCUGUAGUAACAACAACCAACUGCAGUGAUUCAGUCACUCCCUCUCUAAAUGUGACUGUGACACAAAACACAGAUACAAUGAAUGUGGCUAGGUCACUAGAUGGAAUUGCUGUAUCUUGUCAAUCAAAUUUACAAAUUAUUACCACCACUAGCACAACAACUCAAAUAAAUAACUUGAAUAAGCCUAGUACUAAUGCUGUAACAACAGCAGUUACAGACAUCUCUGCCACGGCGUCAGUUAGUUUAUGUACAAUUAAUGCAGUAAAAACAAGUAGAGUGUCUGAAAACACCUCAACUGUGAACAAAGACUCUGUUUCUGAAGUUAAGCUGCAAAGAGAAGGUAGCAUAAUGCAAAACAAGAUGACUGACCCAGCUGUUUCAGAACAAACAAAAUCUUCAUCUUGUGGCAUUGAGUCACAACUCCGCAUGAACUCCACAAAUAACACAUCAACUGUAACAGCGAUAUUAAAGAAGACUGCUCCUUCAUUUUCAGUAUGUCACCUUCAAGAAUCUCUUAUGCUCCAGCCUGCAUCCUGCUCUACGUCAGGCUCCACAGCAACCUCAGCCUUGUCCACAGCUAACUCUCUGGUGUCACCAUUUUCAAAUACUCUAAAUCCAACCCCUGUUACCAGUUCAGGGGUAAAAAUGGUGGCUGAUAUUGGCACACCUAUACAGACAAUAAAUAUGAACACGUGUCAGCUGACUGAAGGUAAACCAGCCCUGGGUGGGCAAGGUGACUCCCAAGAGGAGAGACACCGCAAAACAGAGAGGAUACAUCCUGUCACAGGAACCUCUGACAUUGCCUCAAAAAAAGACUUCACGCAUAAUCAACAGAUUUAUACAAACUUGGAUGAUCAAACAUCGGAGUCAUCUCUGUCUUUGAGCAGACAGACUGAUUCUCCCAUGUCUUCAGUGACCGGAGGCCGUGGAUUUUCAGUUGCAUCGAUGCUUCCACAGGGUCACAGUAUGAGUGUGGCUUCUGGCUCCUUCAGCUCAUUUGUAUUGACAUCAGAACAGGCAGAGAUGCUGGCUUUGGCUAUGCUGGAGCAAGAUAGCCCUGACAGGAGGACAGGGGUUUGUACAGGGAGCAAAACUGACAUGUCAAGCUCAGGUACAGGUGCAUGGGAACCCACUAAAACAACCUCCGUAUCAACUAAAGAAUGUGCGCCAGCUGGACGGCAGGAAAAAUAUCAUAAAACAUUGGAAACAUUAAAAACAGCUAUACCUCCACCGGUCAGAGGACAAGAUGGUGAGAACACACUGAGUGCAAGUAGACAUCCCCAAAACGUGUCAUAUUCUCAGACUGUCUCACAACCACAAAACGCAUCACAGAGUAACACAGUGGCCAGCCUCAGUGUGAACAACCUGAUUCGAACAAGCAGCAGUCAGCAGACAUACCCAGGGUCUCCCAAUCUGACAGGACAGCAAACAUCUGUGUCCUCUCCUGUUUGCACUACAGCACACAUUUCCCAGCAAUCAAAUAAUGCCCUUUCUCCCUGUUCAGCCCAGCACACAGAGUACACUCCUCUGAAGACAGCUCUACUGAGAUCUCAAACUGGACUUAACAUGGCAGAGCGAGUUAAAAUCAUCCCCAAGAGGCAGGCUCCUGAGGAAGUCAUAAUGAAUUCUGGAAAGAGAGCAAAAUCUUGUGCGUCAUUGGGCAAUGCAGUUAACCAGAUGGAGGUUAAGGGGCCGGACCACAGCCAGUUAAUGGGUGGUCAACUGGCUCCAAUAUCCUCGGCUAUUAUGACCAGGAUUAAUAAUGAGAGUGGAGGGCCCUUAUUCACAAACACAUUCGUAAGCCCAGUAGCUAGACCGUCAGAGUCACACUGUCCUGCUCCAGGCCCUCCUGAGCAGAACCAACCAGGGGUACUUCAUUUACAACACAACACAUCACAAACUGGUCCAAACCUAGGAGGAAACCACUAUUUAAAGCAGCAGCAAGACCAACAAAGACAACACCUUUAUCAUUUACAGCAGCAUCUGACCCAGCCUGACCCGGUACAGCGCCACUCACUGCACCAGAGGGCGCUACAGCAACAAGAGCAGCAGCAUCAUGCUCAGAAGAAGAGGGCCCUUGUCAGGGGAAGCCAGACCUCUUCACCAGUUACCAUGCAGCAGAAGCAACAAGCUCCACAACAUCAACAGUCACAGCACCCAUCCUCCCAGCAGCACCCAUCCUCUCAGCAGCAUCCAUCAGCCCAACAGCAGCAUCCAUCCUCACAGCAGCAUCCAUCCUCACAGCAGCACCCAUCGGCCCAGCAGCAGCACCCAUCCUCCCAACAGCAGCACCCAUCCUCCCAACAGCAGCACCCAUCCUCCCAACAGCAGCACCCAUCCUCCCAACAGCAGCACCCAUCCUCCCAACAGCAGCACCCACCUCAACAUCCACAGCAGCAUCCUCAGCAACAGGCCCAGAACCAGCAGCACCCACCGCAACUGCAGAACUCCCACUCUAGACACCAACAGCACCUCCAACAGCAGCUUCAUCAGCAGCACUUCAGGCACCAGGACAAGAGCUGCGAUGCCCCAGGGUCCCGAGCCCACCACAACACCCACCUGGCCCAACAAGAACACCACAAGGACCAUAAUGCUAUGCAAAGGAUGAUGAAUUCUAGAAACAUCGAGCAAACCCUCAUCGCUCCACCAAGUAACCCUGUGUCCCACUCCUCUGAUUUGGCUUGUGCCCCAUCCUCACGACAAGAGCGGCACAGAGUCUCAAACUACUCUGCAGAGGCGCUCAUAGGGAAAAGCUCCAGCAGUGACCAGCGCAUGUCUCUGCACCUGCAGCCUGUUCGAGGAGCUCCGCAGGAACAGUCAGACCUCCGAGGCUAUAUGGACUCCUCUAGGACAAAAGCCAACGUCACACACAACCCACAGAGCCGCAUUCCUGUAGAGCACCCCGGGCCAGCCGACGGGCCAAGGGUGUCCGAGUGUUUGUCGUUCAAAGCCAUGGGCACACCACAUCAGCUGGGUCGUGGGAAUGAGAUUACUGUGAAGUCUGGGCCACCUGUGCAGAGAGUCCCUCAGGGACAGCAGUCUGGUGGAUUUAGGAUUGGAGCAGGACCUCCAGCAGAUGGCCGUAACCGAGGUGCUUACAAUGGAGCUGCUGCCUCACAAGGGCAGGUUGGUCCGGUGCAGGACGGGUGUCAUCAGAGCUUCAUGCAGAGUCUGCUCUCUCCUCACCUUCCUGAGCAGAGCAGCCAUAAUCAGGUAGCUCAGUGCUGCCCCCCUGUGUCCAUGGAAUACUGUGUGCCCAGGAGCACUUCAGCAGAAUUGCAGGCAAAGGCAUCCAGCCCCAGUGUCCCACAAAAUCAGAAGGCUCCUGGGAUGCGCCUGGGAGAGGGCAACAAGGGCCACAUUUCUCUGGUCGGCAGUAACAUACACAGUGGUGUUCGGACAGGUCUGCCCCAUCCUCCCACCCCUAAUAGCAGCUCUGAGCCGGGACGGUCUUCUGCUCCCUCCAGAACUCCCACUGCAGUGGUAAGCCAGCAUUCUCGCCACAUCACACGGGACGCACAGCCCUCUAAGCUCCGAACAGGAGACAGGGCCCGCUCAGGUACUCUCAGAACCACCAACCCAUUUGAGUCUGAGGGACCCCUCUCUCUGCCCUCUGGGGGCGGGGUGCUCCUCAGUCGACCACAGUCUGGGCCAGAGGCACGCCGCAGCACUAUUGUCCGCUUCAUGCCAGACUCAUCUCAGGUCCCUACUGACAACAACUUAGUUCCUGACCAACACCUUACACAGAACUUUGGCUUUCCUUUUAUUCCAGAAGGAGGGAUGAAUCCUCCCCCUCCAAUCAAUGCAAACGCCUCUUUUAUUCCCCCUGUGAGUCAGCCCAAUGCCUCACGUACACCUUCUCUUUUACCAGUGGAGGCUCAAAAUACUUUACCAUCAUUCUACCCGUCCUACUCUCCAGCAGCCCACCCGAGUCUGCCCAGUGAUGUCACUCUCCAAUAUUUCCCAAAUCAAAUGUUUACCAGCCCGAGCACUGACAAGAAUAGUGCACCUCCUCUGAACAACCGUUUCGGUUCUAUCCUCUCUCCUCCUCGCCCCGUAGGCUUUGCUCAGGCCAGUUUCCCUCUUCUUCCUGAAAUGCCUCCUAUGCCUCCAAUCGCCAAUUCCUCUGGAAUCACUCCUCACAUCUCCAACUUUAGCCUAACUUCAUUGUUCCCGGAGAUUGCUACAGGCAUGCCUCCUGAUGGCUCGGCCAUGCCCAUGUCUCCCCUGCUCUCCUUGCCCAACAGUUCGGCAGACUCUGGUAAGCAGCCCAAUCGUCCCGCCCACAACAUCAGCCACAUCCUGGGCCAUGAUGGCAGCUCAGCUGUGUGAGGCAUCUCUCAAUUAAUGAGUUAUUAAUUUAAAACUGAAUUAUUUGAUUUUUAUAAAACUGUAAGAUGUGAUCAUUUAAAGUUGCUUUUUUUGAAGAUCUACUUAUCAAAAUCUCCAGGUUUAUUUUUCUUUAAAUAGGUUGUAGGAAAGGCUUCAGUGGUAGUCAUUUGGGCAAUGUUUUCUUCAAAACAAAAUUGACAAACUUUUUUUUUUGCAGUAGAUUACAAAAACAUUUAUAGGUAACCAUGUCUAAUUUACUAAUUUAUCCAACCUUACUGUAUAGAAUCAUCUUUUUGUCAGCACUCUUUUGUAAAUACAAAUGUUUCAUAUGAACAUUGCUAGAUAAUGUAUGUAUUUGUAAAUACAAAUUGAUUAAAGUUUAUAAUGAGUAAUUUC